AUGCGUGCCAAACAGUUUGUAUUGGUUAGUGUUGCUGGUCUGGCAGCGGCGAAUGAUGACCUCUCUUCCUAUGCCCUGACUGAUACCGGUUCCAUCAAUGGUGGGAACACCUUCCCUGGUGUGGCAAGGCCACUGGGGAUGGUAAAGCUUGGCCCUGAUCUAUACACCGGAUCGGACUCCUAUUCAGGAUACCAACCGACUGGCAACUUUACCGGAUUCACUAUGCUUCACGAGAGCGGAACUGGCGGUGCCCCCAAGUAUGGAGUUGUGUCACAAAUGCCUGUCGUGGGCAUUAUUGAGAACCCACUGAGUGACAAGAUGAACGACACUCGGGCAAGCGCUGACAAAACGGAAGUUGGAUACUACAAGGCAUCAUUAGGAUCUGGAACUGUUCUAGAGAUGAGUGCUUCUAAGAAGGCCGGAAUUUUCAAGUACACCUUUCCCGAGAAAAAGGAAAAUUAUCAUGUGCUUGUUGAUGUGUCCCAUGUUCUAUCCUCGUAUCGAGGUCAGGGCUUGGAGCAGCACUUCCUGGGAGGAAAUAUCAGUGUUAACCUUGAGGAGGGAUCUGACAAGUAUUACUACACAGGUUUCGGAACAUAUGACAAUGGCUGGAACAGGGCUGGGCCGUGGACGGUGUACUUCUGUGGUUACUUUGACACGGAGUCGCGAUACAAGACAUUCCUUGGGAAAGAUUUCAAAACUGCCAACCUCGAAGAGUACUCUGAUAAGUCAUCUCACGAGUCGAAAACCGCAAGACUGGGUGCCGUGUUCAGUUUCAACCAGACAUCGGUCGUCUCUCGUGUUGGCGUAUCUUUCAUAUCUGCGAAUCAGGCUUGCUCCAACGUGAAUUCUGAAAUUCCGGAGGGGACACCAAUUGAAACAGUCCGUGAUGGGACCAAAGAAGCCUGGAACUCCGAAGUGUUCAGCAAAGUCACAACAAGCGAAACUAAUGUGACAAAGCUAAACCAGCUCUACACGGCAUUGUACUUUAUGCACCUCCUUCCAACAAACAAGACUGGAGAGAAUCCUCUCUGGGAAUCUUCAGAGCCUUACUAUGAUGAUAUCUUCACAUUCUGGGACAUUUACCGGUCUCUUACCCCCCUUCUCCAUAUCCUGCAGCCCGUUUACUAUGAGGAGUUCCUUCGCUCCAUGAUCGACAUCUGGAGGCACCAGGGCUGGGUCUCGGAUGCCCGCUCGUCUUUCCACAACGGCGCUGUCCAGGGUGGCACCAACGGCGACAAUGUUUUCGCAGAUGCCUUUCUGAAGGGCGUCCGAGGUAAAGUCAACUGGUACGAUGCUCUGUCGGCUAUGGUCAAGAACGCCGAAGAGGUUCCCGUGACCAAUAAUGACCCGCGUGAUCCCACCGGUGCAACUCAGGAAGGUCGAAGUGCUCUCCCUGACUGGCACGAGCAUGGGUUUAUCACCCCAAAAUUCGGCAGAUCUGUCAGUCGUGCCGUUGAGUACUCGGUCAAUGACUUUUCUCUCGCCUCAGUCGCGCUUGGUCUGGAAGACACAGACAAAUACAAGAAAUACUUCAACCGCUCUCUGAACUGGCGAAACCACUGGAACCCAGAUCUUUCCGCCCUGGGCUUCUCCGGCUUCGUCGGUCCCCGAGAUGUCGAAGGUUUCAUCAGCCAGAACCCCAUCAGCUGUGGUGGUUGCUACUGGGGCGACUACUACUACCAAGGCCUACCCUGGGAGUACUCAUUCAACGCCCACCACGAUCUGGGGACCAUUAUCGAUUACUGCGAUGGCGAGCAGAGAUUCACCGAGCGCCUGGAGAUGACCUUUACCCCCGGCGUCUACAGCGGCAACGGUGCUUUUGGCAACACGCUCUUCAACCCCGGCAACGAACCCAGCUUCGUGACCCCCUACCUCUACAGCUACGUCAACCGCCAGGAUCUCAACGUCAAGCGCAGCCGCUUCAUCGCCAAAUCGUACUACAGCCCGACGCCUGCCGGCCUUCCGGGAAACAGUGACGCCGGCGCCAUGGAGUCGUGGCUUCUCUGGAGCAUGGUCGGCCUCUUCCCCAUGACAGGCCAGCCCGUCUUCUUCAUCGGAUCGCCCUGGUUCUCCGAUUUGACUAUCGAUCUUGGCGGAGGCAAGACGCUCAAGAUCACGAGUGAGGGCGGCAGUGAGGAGAAGUUCUAUGUCCAGUCUCUCAAGGUGAACGGUAAGCAAUGGAACAAGAGCUGGCUGAGCUGGUAUGAUAUUUUCGCCAAGGGCGGCACACUGGACUUCAAGCUGGGUGCUACACCAAGCAAUUGGACAACAGGCCCAACUCCUCCAACCCCCGCCAGUCUCGGGCUUGAUGGGGCUGCGAUGCUGAUCAGGGAAUGGGUUGAUGAGGGGGACGCAUAG